GCAGCGACCCUGAGGGCCGAGACCAUGCCUGGACAGACCAACUGCUGGAUUCUGCCGUCUGGGCAGUACGGAUGCUACAAGGGUCCUGGCUUGGAAGUCUACGUGUGUUCACAUCGAGCUGCUCGCAAUAUGAGCUUUCAGGAUAUCUUGCAGCCCUGGGGCAAGCCCUACUGCUACAUGGAGGUUUCAGGUCAGGAGCUUUUAGGAAAGAAGGUCAAAGCACCGACCACGAAGUUCGACCAUGUCUUCGUGCUGCCACUGCCUACGAUCAAGAUGGACAAGGGAACCGGCGUCGUCACCAGCGUCCCGAGUGAUUCACCUGAUGACUAUGCCGCCUACAUGGAUCUGAUGAAGUCAGACAAGAAGCGAGAGUUCUUUGGCGUGAAGAAGGAGUGGGUAGUGCCCUUCGACUUGAUCCCCAUCAUUGACGUAGAGAUCGAUGGCGAAAUUCGGACCAUGGCAGCACAGUACAUGUGUGAGAAGCUGGGCGUGCAGUCCAUCAACGACCGGGUGAAGCUAGCAGAAGCUCACGACACCUGCUACAAGCUGGGUUUCGACAAAGGUGUUAUGUCGACUGGGCCUUUCAAGGGUCAGCCUGUCAAGAAAGCCAAAGUCGAGUUCAGAAACGUUAUGAUUCAGGCAAAGCAAGCAUUCACGUACUCAGAGCCCGAGAAGAAGGUGAUUUCGAGAUCGGGUGAUGAGUGUGUGGUGGCUGCAAUUGAUCAAUGGUACUUGAAGUACGGUGAAGAGUCUUGGAAAGGACAGAUUGAGGGCCAUCUGCAGAGCUCCAACUUUGUCAGCUACAACGAUCGCAUCAAGGAGUCUUUCGAGGAUGCAAUUGGCUGGCUCAAAGAAUGGGCAUGCAGUCGAUCCUUCGGGCUGGGCACACAGGCCCUCGUUCCCAGGGUUGCCACUUGUGUCGUGAUCGUCGAGAAUACCGGGAGGUACCUUGGGACGAGCAGUUCGUCAUCGAGUCACUGCAGGGAUGCCCAGACUUUACACAUCCCAGUGAUGCUUCCUUUGCGGUGGUCCCGCGACGUGCCCGUUUGCCAGGGAGGCACGUCGGCCCCCUGA